CCCUAUGUUCUGAGUUGGUUUGCUCCGUUGUUUUUUACGGAACCGCCGGAGCGAUCAGGAAGUGAAGGGCGGUGGUUGAGCAGAGAGACGACCAGCAGCGGCUAACUAACGAGAGAUACACAAGAUUCAUCAUGUCUAGCAAAAGGGCUAAGGGAAAGACCACGAAGAAGCGCCCUCAGCGCGCGACUUCCAAUGUCUUCGCCAUGUUCGACCAGUCCCAGAUCCAGGAGUUUAAGGAGGCCUUCAACAUGAUCGACCAGAACCGUGACGGCUUUGUUGACAAGGAGGACCUCCACGACAUGCUGGCCUCACUGGGGAAAAAUCCAACAGAAGAUUACCUGGAGGCUAUGAUGAUGGAAGCUCCUGGACCCAUCAACUUCACAAUGUUCCUCACCAUGUUUGGAGAGAAGCUCAACGGCACAGAUCCCGAGGAUGUGAUCAGAAAUGCAUUUGCUUGCUUUGACGAGGAGGGGACAGGUUCCAUCCAGGAGGAUUACCUCAGAGACCUGCUCACAACAAUGGGUGACCGAUUCACAGAUGAGGAGGUGGACGAGCUCUUCAGGGAGGCUCCCAUCGACAAGAAGAAUAACUUCAACUACGUUGAGUUCACGCGCAUCCUAAAGCACGGUGCCAGGGAUAAGGACGAUUAAAGAGCCAAAGCAGAUUGUUCCUCUGAACUGCCUUUCAUUCAUCAACUAGAUCACCAUGCUGCAUGUCUCAAUUCUUAUGUGAAUUAAAAAAACACCCAAUUUAAAAUGAACCAAAGCAAUAACUAUCCGUUCUUUUUGCUGUAAACUUCCAGUUUAGCCGAAUUCUCACAUCUGAAUGAGGAAUAAAAAUAUAUAUCCACAGAUGUUAGAUGGCAGCACUUUGGAAGCUUCAAGGGAUACAACUUUGCUAUUUACUUCAUUGGGUUUACCCGAAUUUAUACAUUUUAUAACAAACUUUUUAAAUAAAGCCCUCUAUCAAGCUGUCUUUUGAUCGUUUCCUGUCUAUAAAUGUAAUCUGAAUGAGUGGUCAUGUUCUGUCUUGUGUUUUUGUUUUUUUUUCACCUGGGGUAAAACAUUCUUGUGCACCAACUUUCUUUCUGGACCUUGUCUUGACAAGUCUGUCCUCCCUUUUCAUCAAACCCAUUGAACAUGUGCCGACGAGCAUUGUCUGGAUUCUUUCUAUUAAAGGGAUAACAGGGAAUGUUGCUGGGGCAGAUUGUUGUGGUGGUUUAUUUCACUUUGUUCAAUGACAUCUGUGCUGAUGCACGAUUCCUCCAAACGGGGAGUGGCCAAGUAAUAAAAACCAUUAUCUAUGAAA